AUGACUGGUAUUCUUAGUCAUAUACCAAUGCCUGUAUUAUACGGUGUAUUCUUAUACAUGGGUAUAGCUGCGCUUGGUGGCAUACAGCUCUUCGAUAGAAUCCUUCUCUUACUAAUGCCAAUGAAAUACCAGCCAGACACGAUUUACAUUCGACAUGUGCCAAUAUCGGUGAUUCAUAAGUUCACAUUUUGUCAGGUAGCCUGUCUUGCAGUUUUAUGGAUUGUCAAAUCUAUAAAACGGACCUCUAUUGCUUUUCCAAUUAUGUUGGUGGUAAUGGUUGCUGUUCGAAAGGUCAUGGAAAAAUUCUUCACGGAGAAAGACUUACGUUAUUUGGAUGAUAAAAUGCCUGAUUUCCACUUGAGAAAGAAGGAGGAUAUGAAGAGGAAGAAAAGUGCUAUGGAAGAAUUCGAUAUAGACCUGGAAGAGAAUCAAGGUACGAUACACGCCGUAAAGACAGAAGCGCAUCUGCAUAUUCCAACAGCAAGUGGAGAAAUAAUCAAGAUUCCGCUGGCAGCAAUUCAAGAGCCUUCACAUAACAUUCACAAUAUGAAUAUCUCGAAUGAAGUAAACAGAACUGGAAUGUGGAAGCAUAUCACUUUGGGAACAAAUCAGUUGUCUUCGUCUGCAUUACUAGCAUCAGCGCCUGAAGUGAAGAUUCCAGAUGACAAUGAGGAAGAUGAUGAUGCGAUAAUUAUACGGGUCACUAAACCAACAUCAAUAAACUCUAAUGUACAAUCAAAUAACGAGGAGACACCAUUGUUGGAUAAUCAGAAAUCAGAAACCAAAAUGUAG